ACAUGUGGACCGUAUAAUUGCCGCACGAAAAAUUUAGACGGCAGGUUUAAGAGGAAUUAGUCCAAAUUCAAAUGACCCUUUCACAAAUCGGUACUAUAUAGUGUGGUUCCUGCCUCUGUCGUCGUCAGUUUGCUAACACGGACCAAAGCGUUUACAGCAGUAACAUGAAAUUAUUUAUUACUUUAACAAUCUUGUCACUUGGAGUGAUCGGAGUUCUUUGCCAAGGAGGAGGGCACGAAGAACGCCGCGAAGGACAUUACGGAAUAGGAUGGGGAGGAUCCCAUUUCAUUACUCCUGUGGAUGUUCAUCAUGAAGAAGUUAUUCAUUUAAAGGCUCAUCCUGAAUAUCACUAUGACUACCGUGUUGCUGAUCAUAAAACGAAGGAUUAUAAAGACAAGCAUGAAGUUCGUGAUGGGUACAAAGUAAAGGGUAGAUACAGUUUAUUAGAACCUGACCACAAAACUGUCCGUGUGGUUGAUUACACUUCUGAUAAAAAGCAAGGAUUUGUGGCUAAAGUCUCAUGGAGGAAACACGAUUAAUUGUUUAGUUGAACGGGCUAGAGAUCAAAAUAAUGUAAUUGUUAAUAUUUAGUUGUUGAAGUCAGAUUGU